CUCGUCCUUUGCACGGUGACUCCUCCUCUCGAGAGGACGAGAGCGGAGUCGGCUGCUCCUCUUCUUUCAACCUUCUUCUGAAGAGUGAAAUAACAGCCGUCGCCCCACCCUUCGCACACUGGUGAUACAGUCAUAAACCCCGAAGCCGCGUCUGUGCUGCCUCCACCGAGUCCACCAGGGUGCCGUGCACCUGAAACAGGUAUAUUACGCUGUUCACUUCGGACGUCUUCCUUGUUCGUCCCACUUUGUUGAGAAAGACGGAAAUCCUCUCAGAACAGACAGCAGAGUAGCCACCCGUCGUCUCCUGGGUACGUCGGUCAUCACUCGCAACUGCUACCGCUCCUGUCCCUGGGGCAAUUCGACAGGGCUCGAGGCCAGAUUCGUGGCUUCGAGCAAGUAAUGGCAGUCAAUAACGGUUAUCCCGGCUCUCAGACAGCUUUUGGCCAACAGUCCAGCACUGGCCACAAUGAGCACGAAGCGAACAGUCCGACGAAAUCGAGGGCGGUGAGCCCAGAGACGGGCAGGUCGAGUCCAACAAUCUACAAUCCAUAUUACACCGGACGACCACGAACACCGGCCAACGGGGUGAAGACGAGCAUGAUAGAUAGGCAGGAGCUCAUUAGGAGGAUCAAGAGUGGGUCGAGGCCGUCGUCUCCUGAGCUGGAGAAGCCCCCCUCAAGCGAGUACAGCCGUCUCGCGAAGAUCAAGAGCAAAGAAGCCAGACCAGCGUCACCUGAGCUAGAAAGACCGACGUCGAAUGGACUGGAGGGGAAGUGGAAGUCGCCUGUACCGUUCCAGGGACCGCCAGCAGUUCAGGAUGCCAAACCACAGUCACCCGAAAUACAGCAGGACAAUCAGGCGGCAGGGCUGAAAAUCGAAAGACCGAGAUCAGCAUUGCACCGUGGUGACUUCAGGGAGCAGACAACUCCUGAUCGAUUUGGGGGCCGCACUACGCUUAGUCAAGAACAGCAGUGUGUACUAUCGACUUCACCAGUCGUGCCGUGGCAUCCAGCAUUUCCCGCAACAUAUAGACAGUCCCACAAAGACAAGCGCGCAACGCAUGCCGAGACUUCAUCUAUACCAAUACCUCGUCCCGAGCGACCUCGUACAGUUUCGAAUGCUUCACUUGCUGCGAGCUUCGUCUAUAAGCCUCCUACCAGCCCGCUUGUGCAGUCCUCGCGGCCUGAUACGCCAGAACCACCACUUCGUAAUCAUUCGCGAAGCCCAGACAAAAGCCGUCGACAUACAUUCUCGCCAAGAUCCUUUCACCACUUGCAAUCGUCACUUGAUUACCCCACGACAGCACGUAUUGCGCCAGCACUGCGCCCAGAGAAGACCUUCCCCUAUCAGGCCCAUCAGCCUAGACGUUCUGUGAAUCCAUCGUCUCCAUUCACAAGUCAGUCACCUGUGGCAGGUCAGCGACGGCCGUCCAUCACAGACUCGCCACUUCACCAUGCUCCCCUGGUAGGUUCAUAUGAAGAAUCCAUCCUUCGAGGUCGUAUGUCCACCACGCCUUCCAAGCCACUCAAUUUUGUGGCUCAGAUUGGAGUACUUGGGAAAGGCGAAUGUAAGCCGAAUCUUAGAUGCCCGCCUCAUGUACAGAUUCCAUUCCCUGCUGUGUUCUACAGCUACGGCGGGGCGUCCAAGACACCGGCACUCGAUCAGCCUAGUCCUUACGUGGGCCUGGUGGAUCUUGAAAACAACCUGCCGAACAAUGAGCAGGUGCGCGAUAGACGCAGAGACAGAAUGCGAGCAACGACAAACAGCGACGCAGGAAGUCGAGCGAAUUCGCCGGGCGGAUCAGGCUCAGAUGCAACAAGACGUCGCAGGCGCACAAAACAGAAGCGCCGCUCUGGCUCUCCCAAGGCCCCACCUGGUGGCAGCUAUCGUAUACCGCAGCAAGGUCAGCUUCAGAUUGUACUCAAGAAUCCCAACAAGACUGCAGUCAAGCUAUUCCUUGUGCCAUAUGAUUUGUCGGACAUGGAAGCUGGCCAAAAGACCUUCAUACGCCAACGCAGCUAUUCCGCAGGACCGAUCAUUGAUAUGCCUCUAAGCUCGCGUACCAACUAUGGUACGGACCGGCCUGAAGCGUCUCUCAAUCCUACUGGAGAUGUCAAUGACAAACCCGUGCUCCGAUACUUGAUCCACCUGCAUAUUUGCUGUCCUUCCAAAGGAAGAUACUUCUUGUACAAGUCAGUUCGAGUGGUGUUUGCCAAUCGAGUGCCUGAUGGCAAGGAGAAGCUCCUCAGCGAGGUUCAGCUGCCAGAGCCCAGAUUCUCUAGCUACAAACCAGGAAAAGAGGCAAAGCCGGGAAGCACCACUACUACGCCUGCGAAGGACGAAUUAAGAAGGCGCAGUGCGCUUGAUCCUGCAAUUGCUGGCUGCAGAUGGUCUUCUUCGACUGACUUCGCACAAUCCAUGCCAACAAGCGAGCAUCUGACACAACAGCAAUACGAUGCGCCCACGCCUACACUUCCGCGUCACUUUACAACGCUGCCAACUUUGCAGUCACGGCCUGCUAGUCGUAGCUUCAGUGACAAUAUGGACGUUGACUCUGGCUCACAGGGCACGCGAUCGCCCAUGUCACCCACUUCCACACAAGGAGAUGAGAUGACGCGCAGUAUGCCUCGACUGGAUGAUCCUUUCGUCUUUGAGCGCGACAGGAGCAGGGAGAGGAGAAGUGGUAAAAAUGGCAACGAAAGCCUAUUGAGCAAGAGGCUGAUGGACCUGGCAUUUCAGAAGCAGCAGGAGUUGCGAUAGUUGUAUGGUUUUGAUCGAGUAUUUCAGCGUGGUGUUGGUGGAUAUGACAUUGGAAAAGCUUCACUUUUGUACAGGGACCUUCGGGGCUAAAAUUGGAAAGAAAUGGGCUACAUACAACAGCCAGCUGACCAUAUCAUUACAUUGUCGCUGCUCGAGUGGCACUCAUCAAAGUAGCACUGCUGCCAAAUCCAUGCGUCAAGAC